AUGUUCAUGUUCAUCAUCCAACUACCAAAUGGUGUUACUUAUCAUACUGGGACGUAUCAAGACAGAUUAGCAAAGCUGCAAGAACAUCUCCGUCAGCUAUCAAUACUCUUCAGGAAACUGAGAUUAGUCUAUGACAAAUGCAAUGAAAACUGUGCAGGGCUAGAUCCUGUUCCCAUAGAGCAACUUAUUCCAUAUGUUGAAGACGAUGGAUCCAAGCAUGAUGAUCGUGGUGUUGCCAGCCAGCUUCGUUUUGCUAGUGAGGAAAGAAGGGAAAUCAUGGAAGUAAAUAAGAAACUGAAACAGAAGAAUCAGCAGCUGAAGCAAAUUAUGGAUCAAUUACGGAAUCUCAUUUGGGACAUAAAUGCCAUGUUGGCAAUGAGGAACUGAACUAUGAUACAAUUUAAGUAUUUUUUGUAAUUAUGAAAAUAGACUUUCUUUAUUUGUUUGAAAAUACUUAAUUUCUUUUUUCUAAAAAGCCCUUCAUUUUACCCUCUCCUAAUCCCACUGGUAGACAAAACUCCUUUAAUGUUACUAUGUGGUUUCUUUUGCGAUAUUUAAAUGUGUUGGUUCUGUUUGUGUAAACAAUUCAUCAUGUAAUUUGUACACACGAUAGAGACUCAUUUGUGUUUACUACAAUAAGCUUUGUAACCUGUAGUCAUAUUUUUGUUAGCAUUCCAGUUCCGCUGAUAUUUUUUUUAAGCUGACUUCAAAACUUGUGUUUUGAAAUAAAUUUCUUGAUGUUUAAACAAAUAAAGCUUU